AUGUUCGGAGGCUUCCAACCCCCCCAAGCGUCGCCCGAGGAGCUCCUCGCCGCUGAGGCGGAAGCCGCCUUCACCCUCCAGCGCGCCCUCGCCGCUGCUGCUGCGCUCUACUUCUGUAUGAAACCCGCUGGUUCAUCCGAAAACUCGCCGACCCGGAUCUAA